AUGUGGGCUUAUGUGAGAUUUUUACUACUAAUAUCUCUAUUGUCGGCACUGGUAGUUGUGUCGACUACUGGCCUACAAAAGGGCGGCCGUCAGACAGGGUUGUCGUCACCUUUUAGGCCACUGAGGGAUAGGACAGCCCAAGCAUCCGAUGAUAUACAACAACAGGUUCAGGAACCGGACCGUGAGGUCGACGAGGACAGGGAUGUAGUGGCGGCAGUCAUACCUACACGACGCCCAUCAUCACGACCGCCGCCGCCAUCCCGACCACAACCCCAGCGACCCGAGGAGUCGGGAGGAGAGGCUGAUCCGGGAGAUCACGAACCGCUACCCGAACCGUACAAAUUUUCCUACUCUGUCGACGAUCCCGACACCGGGGCCUCGUCCUCGCGGGAGGAAUCGCAGGACGCGAACGGCGAAAUUGUCGGCUUUUAUAACAUCAAAGAUGCCGACGGCCGGACCCGACGGGUGGACUAUACGGCCGGUAAAGACGGUUUCAAAGCUACCAUUAAGUCCAAUGAAGAGGGACUGAACUCUAGAGCACCGGCCGAUGUUAACAUAGAGCUCAGCGGACAGCCAUCCGAACGGAUAGCAUCGUAUGCACCGAAUAAUCGGCCAAAUACUCCGUCGGGUAUUAGUCUCCGACCGCUAGCACCGGCAGCGGCACCGGUAGCUUAUCAACGAGUAGUUGCCGCCGCACCUCCAGCAGCAGCGGCACCGGUAGCCUAUCAACGAGUAGUGGCCGCACCACCUGCGGCAGUAGCGGCACCGGUAGCUCAAGCAUCUGAUGAUAGCCAACGAUACGAAACCGAGUCUAUAUUUGAUAGCCAACCGUCAGAAUCAUCGGCACCGGUAACCCAACAGCAUAUUACUGAUGACGACCAUAUUGUCGACGAAUCGCCGGCCGAAAGCGCACCGGUAGUCAAAUCGCCGCCACCACCACCGCCACCGUCACCGACGCUGACCAAUGUUUUCCGUAAACGUGUUAUAGUUCAUAGACCGCCGCCGCCGGCUUCGGUAGCCAUUCAACAACAGAGGGAACAACAGUUGGCCGAACCGACCGCUAAUAGUGUCCAGAGAUUUGAGCCGCAAUUGAAAGAGGAGGACAUACCUAAUAGUAUACAGGACAUACAACGAGUUGAAGAGUCAGCACCGGUAGUGCGGGCACCGACUAAAUCGGUAGUCAGACAACAACAACCACAACAACGACAAACAGCAUAUCCAGCAAUACUGUCACCACUAUUGGGCGCACCGGUAGUCCAACAACAACAACAACAACGUAUACCUACUGUACAGCCGCUGUUCAAUCAAUAUUUUAUACGCGGAGGUCAUGGCCCUAAUGCCGGUGCCGCUGCCAUAACCACCACCUCUACAGUUACACAACAACAGCAGCCAACUGUGCCCACCAAUAACAACAUAUUUUUCCUACAACAACAAUACCAUCAGCUCAAAGCACAGGUACCACAACCACAACCCCAACCCCAACAACAGCAGCAGCAGCAGCAGCUCCUGGAGCUCAUACAUCCCGUACAGACAGCUACUACAACUACAGCCGACAGGCCAUUGGUUUUUGAACAACAAUCACAUCAGCCGAUCCAACUGUUCUCGGCGUUUGACAAUUCAAGACUGGCAUACAUACCAACCCAACAACAACAACAACUACCUGUCCAACAGCAGGUCGAACGGUUAGAACAGGUCAAAGAAGAUACCGUUCCUCAACCACUAGUACAACAACCCCAACCCCAACAACUACAACAACCGUUUACAUUAAUUUUCAGGCACCGGGAGGAAGGCCAGCAACAACAGCAACGACCAGUAGCACCGGUAGCACCGGUAGUCCAACGUCUGGUCGAAAGCGAUGAUAUUGUUGAACAGCAAAAAAUAUCGACAGAUAGCGAUCCAACUGAUCAACAGUUAGCUCAGGCACAAGUACUACAACCACAAUCACAACAACAACUUUACCAACAGUUUCUAUUGCCUACCGUUCCUAUAGUACGCCAACACCAACCUGUAGUCCAAUACCAGCCGUUAGCCGCAGCACCUGUAGUCCAGCAACAACGGGAAGAUCCGCAACAAAUUUCAUGGGAACCACAACUGUAUGAACCGCUUAUCCAACAACAACAACCACAACGACUGUCCUCAUCACAACUGGUUAGCGGCGAUGAUAUCGAUGAUGAACGAGAACCGGUAGACGAAAGCCAAUCGGCACCGGUAUUACCUCAACAACAACAGCAACAGUGCGAGUGUGCCAAACAUCAACAACAACAGCAACAACGAGGAGCACCUGUAGCCGAAUCUGUACGUAUAGAUGCCGUUAAGGGUCAGUCAUCAGCACCGGCUGCUACUGCAGUCAAGGGUCGCCAACAAUCGGGUAGUGGUAGUAGUGUUCACCAGUUUCUGCCUCACGCCUACCGUAAACUAAUUAAUUAA